AUGAAGGACAACUGUGUUGUGGGCACACUCACCUUGAUCUUUGGCCUGCUUUCCAGUCUCCAAGGAGUAAGCACCAAUGAGGGUGUAAACACAUGUGACAGCUUAAGCUGCCCCAAAGGAUUCACAUGCUGUGACAAUGAAUGCUGCCCAGAAAGAAAUGUCUGGGAUCCUGCAAAUGACCCCUUCAGAGUCCUGUUCAUCAUCUUAUUAGUCACGGUCGCCAUAUUUUGCAUCUGUGGGCUAGUGGAGUACUUCUGUCCCAAUUGUAGAAGAGAGCAGGAUGAUAUCAGAACAGGGGAUCAACAGACUACCAGAGAACCACCCUCUAUUGCUCUCCUAGGGAGCAUUUGGGUCACCUCCUUGGAUCCCCUACCAUGCUACAGUCCGGUUGUUCUGAAUCCAACUCCCACAGAACCACAUCCUCACUACAGCCUCAGGCCUGAGGGCCCUGCUGGUCAGAUGAGAGGGAAAGCCUAUGCAACCCUGUGA